AUGUUAGCAAAUUUGUCGAAGUUGGCUUUCAGAGUAGCCAAAUCCAUUCCCUGUCGGAGGACGGCCUCAAUUUCCGCUCAAGAGUGCUCCACGCUCAAAACGCCUCUAUAUGCCCCCCUUAGCCGAGACCAACCUCACGUGAGAUUUAUCAAGAUUCUACCUUCUGAUACCGACGACCAACCAGUGAGCUGUCUGCUUGAAACCGUCAGACUCACGCCAAACAUUCGUUACUCCGCAUUAUCAUACGUUUGGGGCGAUCCCAAGGUGACUAAGGAUAUCAUAGUCAACGGUGUCACGGUACCCGUGACUACCAACCUUGAAUCUGCAUUAUGGCAUUUCAGGAAGUUUGGCUUCCCAGGAAGUCGGAGCCAGGCAGUUGAAAGUCAGCGGCUCUGGGUAGACGCCGUUUGCAUCGACCAGAAGGAUAUUCCGGAGCGCAAUUCCCAGGUGACCCUAAUGGGGUCAAUAUUCAGCAAUGCCGCAUCGGUUUUCUCGUGGCUUGGGCAUCCUGGAGCAGAUCAUGUUGAUGUUGGGCUUCAAAUAGUCCGUCGAAUCGCAUACGAAACGACUCAUGUGAUUGGUAUCAAGCAGGGUGACUUUGAUGAAGAUCCGAAAUAUCAUGAGAAACUUGAAACAGGCUUUGAAUGGUUGGUGUCCUUUCUAGGUCCCCUGCUCGAUGAGGCCAAGCUUGGCGAAAUCAACCUCCGCAAAUCCAAACUCAAUAGAUCUGCGUUUACGCCGAAGUGGAAGGCGUUGGAGGCUUUCAAUCUCAGCAAUUAUUGGAAGAGAAUAUGGAUCAUCCAGGAGAUGGCUCUAGCGAGAUCUCCUAAGGAUCAUUGGUUCGUGUGCGGUAGCGAUGCGAUCACCUUCGAAGAACUGGAAGCAUUCAACUCCUUUAUGCGUUCCAUUUAUCGGCUGCCCUGGCCGGGACCUGCGAGAUAUGGUUAUUUCUGGAUCGUUUUCGCUGAUAAAAUCCAAUUAUUCAAUCCGACCGCUAUGAAACGUAUAACAUGGUUGAAAGAAUCUAGGCGGGCUGAAAAUCCAGAGAAACCCCAAUUUUUGGAGAUAUGUCUAGUGAUGAAAAACGCGUUUGCGACGGAUCCUCGGGAUUAUGUGUAUGGAAUGCUGGGGUUACACGCCAACAAUAUCGUACCGGAUUACGCGAAGCCCGUAAAGGAGGUGUAUCUCGAUUGCGUCUUGAGUGAUGGGACCGCAAAUACAGAAAAUAUCUGUCUUCAAUAUUCCGGUAGGGGGAAUUUUUCAAAAGGGGACCAUGACCUUCCGUCAUGGUUACCGGACUUGAGCUUGAAAGACAUGGUGGUGGAUUGUAGGGACGUGCGUGAUACAAACGAACGCCACGACAAGGGACUGUUGGGCGCAGAUCUCCAACCCCCUCAAAUAAUUCAGCGCAGGAUUCUCCGGACUCAGGGGGCGGUCUGUGGUCGCGUAGAGCGCAUCAAGCGUCUUCGAUUCGACUCGGACAUCGUCACGAAUAGCAAGAGAUUAUAUGAGCUUUCUGUUGAAUAUCUCUUCGAAUUUGUUGGUGUCGGAAAUGUUCUAGAUAGUAUAGAAAAGAUGCCAUUGCAGGAGUUGAUAGACGUGCUAGAUUGGCGGCAAAAGGACUCAAGGAAGACAGUAUCAUCGUUCUUCUCCAUGAAGUUUCCUCAGUUAAAGUUAUCUGUAGUAUCCUGGCGAUACCUUUAUAUACUUUUCCAUUAUGGGAAGGAAAUGGAAGAGAGAAGAUUCGGCUUAUCCAUUCCUGAUGAGGGACCAUUCCACAUACGUGAUUUCUUGAUUCACUGUCUUGUUAGACACUUUCAUGUAAUGGAAGACGAAGACGAAGAGAAUCAGAAAUUGUUAUGGGACCAGUCGCGCGUCGAGCUCGAGAUGCUCUUUAUUAGAAGUAAUGGCAUGGUUCUUUUCAAAACUGACAGAGGUCACCUGGGUAUCGGGCCUCCUAACCUGCAGCCCGGAGAUCUUGUCUGCGCCGUUGGUCGGUGCACCCUUCCCGUCAUACUGAGAAAACAAGAAUCACCAGGGGUCGAUAAAUUGCAAUUUGAACAUAUGGGAACCUGUUAUGUUCAAGGUUUAUCUGAUGGAGAGCCGGCCGGCAUGGUUAAGAGAGGAGAAGUGAAUACCGAGGCGUUUGAUAUACGCUGAAGAGUUUAAUCUCACCUAAGGCCAGCUGGAUUCGUAGGCCGGUAAGAUCCGAGAUACCUAGCUGAGACGCUGGACCUUGUGUGACACGCUGCCCAUUUUUCACUGCUUUGCCUCGGGUAUACUGUGGGUAGUAGGAGCAUUUAAGAAUUAAUAAACACAGCUAUUUUUUAUAUUUAUAGUAACUACCGCCUCGAGCCUCAAUUCCCGAGACAACUUAGCCAUCACAUAUGACGUACCCAAGUACC